AUGGUGAUGAUCGCCUUUGCCGCGACUGCAUAUUAUAAUACCAUUGAAACAUUUUUCUCCAUCUUCACCACGUUCAAACGUCGCCAAGGGAAAUACUUUUGGAGCAUGAUCGUUGCUAAUACGGGCAUCAAUAUUAACGCCACCGCGUUCGUCCUUCGAUACUUUGGCGGUCACCACGAAACCCUCAACGCUUCCAGUAUCGUGAUCCCCUUUGCCUGGUAUGCCAUGGUCACAGGCCAGGCUAUUGUUCUGUGGUCAAGGCUUCAUCUCGUUGUUCACAGCCAGCGGAAAAUUCGUCUAAUCCUAUCAAUGAUCGUAUUCAACGCAGCCACAAUGCAUAUCCCAGAGACGGUGAUAUUCGUUCUCGCGAACAUGAACCCGAAAGAAUGGACGAGGCCGUUCAAAAUAUAUGAGAAAGUGGAGCUGGUUGUCUUCACCAUCCAAGAAACUAUCAUCGCCGCUAUAUUCCUUUACGAAGGAUACAGAAGUCUUAAGCCUCUCAGCGCGAUAAGACCGAAAGCGGUCACCAGCAUGGUUCGUCAACUAGCAGCUCUUUUCGCUGCCGCUUUCAUUCUCGAUACAGGCCUCAUAAUCCUCGAAUACAACGACAAAUUCGAAGUGCAGACCAUGUGCAAGCCGUUCGUUUACAGCGUCAAAAUCAAAGUGGAGUUUGUGGUUCUGAACAAGCUGCUGGCCUUCACUCGGAUGAGUACAUGCAACUGCCGAGGUCCCGAGACAAUACCUUCAAACACCUUGCCUGACAACAACACUCGUACGGCUACAGAAGGAAACUCGAACAACCGGGCGAUACAGGCGCUUCCGCGUGUGGAGCAGACGGGCGGGUCACUAUCGCCAAUUUGGCAGACAAUCAAUGAAGAUCACAUAUUCGACCGGGGGGGUUCACCGACAAGCCGUGAGGUAGACGUCGGUUACAAGACAACGGAUCCGAGGCUAUCACAGCGGAGGUAA